AUCGUCCUUACGAGAUAAACCCUGUCCUCCUGCAGUGGUGUCGUGCUGUUGGCGGCGCGAUCGCGGUUACGGUGCGAGAUCACAUCGUCGACGAGAGGAACGACGUCUCUGUCUGGUGCUACUGCUGGCAGCCGCGCCACCCCUUGCUCCAACGAACGACCCCUUCGCGCUUCGCCCCGCGCUUUAAAUACCAAUCGAUCCGCCGGCUGAGCGCAACGCAGCGCGUGGUGGUGCAUCAUCAUCCGUCAUCGCAGCUCUCUUUCUCUCUCUCUCUCUCUUUCUUCCUCUGUUUUUUUAUCAUCGUCGCCUCGACAGCGACGAAAUCCAACGCUUCGUCGCGGGCGGCCAGCAGUCACGGUCAUCAGGAAGAGCGACCCAUCGUCCGUGAAGGGAGACCAACCUUUUCACCCAUCUCCAGGGAGUGACUCUUCCAGAUGGCGCGUCAAGAUGGCAGAGAUGCCGCGGAUCAGAAUUUUGACUACAUGUUUAAACUGCUGAUAAUCGGCAAUUCAUCCGUCGGAAAGACCUCCUUCCUCUUUCGCUACGCGGAUGAUUCUUUCACUUCGGCUUUCGUGUCCACGGUGGGCAUCGACUUUAAGGUGAAGACCGUCUUCAGACAUGACAAAAGGGUCAAGCUACAGAUCUGGGAUACGGCGGGGCAAGAGAGAUACAGGACGAUCACGACGGCCUAUUACAGAGGCGCGAUGGGUUUCAUCUUAAUGUACGACAUCACAAACGAGGAGUCAUUUAACUCGGUACAGGACUGGGUGACGCAAAUAAAAAAUUACUCGUGGGACAAUGCUCAAGUAAUCCUCGUGGGCAACAAAUGCGACAUGGAGGAGGAGAGAGUGAUCAGUUCCGAGAGGGGUAAACAGUUGGCGGACCAGUUAGGUGUACGAUUCUUCGAGACAUCGGCUAAGGAGAAUAUUAACGUCAAGGCGGUGUUUGAGACACUAGUGGACAUAAUAUGUGACAAGAUGAGCGAAUCGCUGGAUCAUGAUCCAAACUUGAUGACGGGCGGGCAGAACAAGGGUCAGCGGCUUACCGAUCAACCGACCAAUCCAGCGAACGCAAACUGCAAUUGCUAAAAGAAAUGCGGCAACACGCGGAAGGUGGGGGAAGGGCAAGAAAAAGACGGGAGAUCGUACGCGCGUGUUUGGGCGCAUGUAUGCACGUGUGUCAUGCGUGUGUCAAGGAAAGAAAGAGGGGAGAGAAGCAAGUGUUACGUGAGACGCUGAUAUAUUAACUAGUCCACUUAUUUCAUCAUUUCCUCGUUACGCUAUUUAUUUCGAAUUUUGUUCUCACCUUGUUUCGACGCGAGAGGAUAUAUAUAUAUAUAUAUAUAUAUAUAUAUACGUUAUAAAUAAAGAUAUAUAUAUAUAAAACAUUAUUGUAAUCCUUCGAGGUGCGACCGAGCUGGUCAACGACCGAUCGAACGAACGGCCAUGGUCCUCCUUUCGGUCCAUUUCGGUCCGUUUGGACGAAAGAGUCAAGGCUGGAUGCUGUUUCCUUGUGUUUAUGGCAUUGAAAUUCAAACACCCGAUAAAGUGCUGAUUUGCCGUUGACGAAAGAAAGCGAGAGAGAAAGAGGAGGGAAGUGGAAUUAGCAAAUUAGUGGAGGAGAAGAGUUGGAUGAAGAGACGCGUUGCUCCGCGAUUGAUAAUGAUUAAUGACGACGAUCGCUAUAGCGAGGACGAUGUUGCUCACUCGAUGUUUGGCACUACAAGUACACGCGGAAUUGAUCAAGCAUGACCGAAGGGAGUGACUUCAUGUCUCAAGUCCGCGCGUCAAGCGAGACGCACCCAAAGAAAUCUGACAAUAAGCCUGUCGGAGUAUAUGAGAAAUCAUCCGAAUCAGCUUUUUAAUUAACGAGCACGAUUUGGCAAUUAUCGCGUUAAUAUAAUUCGUUGUGUUUCGAGCGCCAUUGAUCGUGCGUUGAAAUAAGUUUCGCGAUGAAUCGAUUUCCGGGUGAAGGAAGAUUACGAAAGAGCGAAAGAGGAUAUCGCUUUGCUUUUGAGACACUUUCGACGUGGCGCUGCGAGUUAAUUAAAAAAUGAUGUCACGCAGAGACAUCGUAUAUUGUGCUGAUAAAUUAAUGGCGCUCUUGGGGAAUACUUAAAAAAAAGACAUUAGCGAAUACUAGUGUCGGAAUCGACGAAGGUCGCAACAAGACCGGAUACGAUAUCGGUUAAUUCGGAAAUAUCGUAGACGAACCAGCGAUACACCAGGAUCAUCGAUUUGGCGUCAAUUAUCGAGGAGUACCGGCGUCCCGCUUGCUACUUCAGUCGUCAUCCAGCGUUGAAUCUACCUAUUAGGCAAGCUGCCCUCUGUACAUAAGUGAGAUAAUAAAAGAAAAGGUAUCUAUAUAUUAUGUAUCAUUGAAUCUAUAAUGAAAUGUAAUGUAUGCGUUAAAUCAUAGCUGCGUGGAUUGCACGAGAAGCAUACCGGAGAUCACGCGGCCCACGACACCGGGCGCAUUAAUUAGUUAAUGCGCGAUCGAUCGAUCGCAAUCAAGCUAUGUAGUUCGCCAAUAGCGAAUUGUCAACAACAGUUGUGUCCUCGUAUGAUUGAGAGCUUCGAAAAAGAGAGAUAACGAGAGAAAUCGAGCAAGUGAGACAGAGAGGGAGAGAGAGAGAGAGAGAGAGAGAGAAAAUCAAUGCGCACGAUUAAGAACGAGUGUGGCUGUCAGCAGGGAUUGGGAUUAUUUAAUUUAUUCUGGCACGUUUCGAUUUUUGCCAUAAAAUACGGGAGGACGGAUGUGAUUAAUCGCACGACAAACGUUCCACGUGAAUAAAUAUAGAAAUGACUAUCACUUGUCUUUGUCUGCAACCUUGGCGAAAUUUCAAUUGAUUGAAAUCGUGCACGAUUUCAAUCCUUGCUGCUUAUCGUUAGUAGGCCUUUUUCUAUACUGUCCGCAGUUGAAGCGGAGUAAGUACAAGUAAAAAAUAAGAAUGUGAGUAGCACUAUGAUUUUUGCCUCGUUCAUUUUUUCUUCGAUGAGAAAUAUAAAAUGCCAUUGUGUGCGUAAAUUGCGUGAUUUGUAAUCGUGGCAUAGAAAUUUGUGUAAAAUUUCACGUGUAAGUGAUGUGCGCGCGAUGUCCUCCGCAAAGUUACAGAGAUUUACCGUCAGUCAAGUUGCAUAUCUGUUCUCUCCUCUAUACGUGCGCAAAUCGUGGCGAAAAUAGUAGAAAUGGGAGGAAAUGCAAGCGUGGGAAGGGAUGCAGAUAAAUUCUCUUUAGAAUAUCGUGCUACCGAGAUAUGCAUAAUUCGAAACUCGAAAAACGGAAAACAAUCCACCGGUUGUCGCGGGCAUCUGUAUGUAUGUACCGUACGGUGUGUAAACUGUACUAUAUAUAUACGCCUAAUAUUAAUAACUUACGCUAACAGUAAAACAAUAAUCUACCAGUACACUCCACAAUACACAGAAAGAAUAACAGGAGCCACACGUGUGAAAAGAAAGACUCACACCCGUACAUCGCAAGCGUUACGUUGACCAUUUGUAAUGGAACAGUUGUACUCUAAAUAAGUUGUAUAAUUGUAGCAGAAGUCAAUCAUGGAUGUUCUCAACGAUCGCUACGUCGUAUAUGUUAAUUGUACGUGUAUAUGUGCACAAUCCGUUAAUGAUGCAAAUCCCAAGAAUGAGAGAGAGCGAGAGAGUGGGAGAGUGAAACAGAAUGCGAGAAUGCGAGAAUGAGAGCGAGAGAAAGGGAGUGAGAGAUUGCUGCGCGGGAGGUAACUUUGCAAUGAAAAAAAGCGAACGUAGCGACAAAUGUAAACGAUAUACAUAUAUACAUAUACAUAUAUAUAUAUAUAUAUUUAAAAAAAACAGAGCUAAUUGUGAAUGCGCGUGUAGCAUGUAAGUGCGCGAGAAAAGACGGAAGGAAAGAAAUAACAGAAACCGAGCAACGGAGUAAAUCUAUCAUUUGCAACAAGUGUACAAAUUCAUUGACAAAACAACUCGGAGGACCAAUUGGUAGGUAGUCGGCGGUCGCGCUUAUCGCGACUUGGCUCAACCGCGACAAGAGUGACACGGCUAUCGAUUAGUCUUCAGCCCAGCGCAAUUCCGCCAUCGCGUUGCUGUCCUAUAGAAAAAUCGACAAAUUAAUGCAAAUCGAGAAGACUUUGUCUCGGCCGUUGAGAAACGACUUUUCGAUAUAUUUGAUUUAUUCUUUCUGUCGAAGCGAUCUGCGUUACGCUGAGAGCCGAUUAUCCUCCGAGAAGAACAGGACAUCUCGCGAGACAAAGUCCUACAGAUUUCCGUUAAUUUGUUACAUUCUUUGCGGGACGUUCCCGUGUCGUCGUACGUCAACCAAAAUCGAAUCCUCCGGUGUGAACACUCGCGGGAUAUCUUUCACGAGAGAGCACGUACUUGAGCUCGCGUGUCGCGUAUUUAUAUGCGUGUCUCGUGAAAUGCCCGAUUGAGACUAAAUUUUCGUCACGAUCAUUGACAAUACGACAACAAUACGUGGAUCCUUCGCACGACGUGUGGGUGUUCACGAACGUAUCGCCUGUCAUUCCUGCCUUGUCAUAGCGCAUAUCGUUUAAAAAGAAAAACAGAGAGAGAGAGAAAGGAAGCAAAAUUGUGUGAAAAGAAUUUUUCUUCGGUCUUUACGUCGAUCGAACCUCCGGCGACGACAAAACCCGAAUCGCGAUAAGAUUAUCGCGCGCGGGAGAGACUCGCGCCGGUCCGGCGCGAUAUAUAGACGAAGCUUUAUUGUACGCCAGUGUAUCAAGCAUCGAUCGUAUAGACGGAGCUUAAUUGUAUAGAGACAAAUACAGUUAGCACAACUGAUUUUCUCCACGGAAA